UGGUCAUGUACUUUAUGAGUCGAGCUUUGACCAAAUGCGCGCUCUCUCUCUCAUCUAUAUUUUGUUGAUUUUGGGGUGUUGCAUUAAUGUGAAUCCUCUUUUCUUAUGAAAAAUUAAUUUUCUUUUGCAGACAUGUUCCUGUACGUGGUUGGUCUCAUAGUCUUGCUCUUUGUCUAUCGGUGGUUCAGAGAACUGGGAAGAGUUCCCAACAAAUCGGAGAAGUUUGUGUAUAUCACAGGCUGUGACACGGGCUUUGGGAAUCUCUUGGCCAGACACUUGGACACAAAGGGUUUCCGUGUCAUCGCAGGCUGCUACACAGAGAAGGGAGAGGAUGAGCUGAAGAAGGCCUGCUCCGACAAACUCACAGUGCUGCAUUUGGAUGUCACCGAUAAUGACAGCAUUAAAAAAGUAGCCGACACCAUUAAAACCCUGGUGGGACAGAAGGGUCUGUGGGCUAUGGUCAACAACGCUGGUAUUUCUUUCCCAACUGCUCCCCAUGACUGGCUAGAUAUUGGGGACUUUAAACAAAUGAUCAAUGUGAAUCUGAUCGGGGUUGUAGCCGUUACUCUGAGUGUGUUACCGCUCAUUAAGAAAGCCAAGGGCAGAGUGGUCAACGUGGCCAGUGUGUUUGGACGGAUUAGUACCAUGGGAGGGGCGUACUGCAUUACUAAGUAUGGAGUAGAAGCUUUUAAUGACAGUCUAAGGAGGAACAUGGCACCAUUUGGAGUGAAGGUUUUAUGCAUUGAACCUGGAUUCUUCAAAACAGUUGUUACUGACUCCACUGUCUUUGAGAGUCAUAUGGAGAGAUUAUGGAAGAAGUUGCCUCAGGAUGUGAAGGAUGAGUACGGCAGUGAUUUCAUAGACAGAACAAAGCUGGUGAUUAAGGAGAAGAUUGAUAAGAUUGUGGAUCCAGAUCUGAUGAAGGUGGUGAGCUGUAUGGAGCAUGCUGUGGCUGCUGUCCAUCCCCGUACCAGAUAUUCUCCAGGCUGGGAUGCCAAGUUUCUCUGGCUGCCUCUCUCCUACAUGCCAACCUUCAUCUCAGAUGCUUUCAUCUUAAAAAGUGCAGUUAAACCCAAAGUUUCAGUUGUGUAAGCAUAAACAGCCACUUCUUUGUGCCAUGCUCUUGCAGCAUACUGAGACGUGAUGUAAUACUUUAUAUUGUAAACAAAUAUAUGUAUGUGUAUAUAUAUAUAAAUAUAUAUAUAUAUAUAUAUAUAUAUAUAUAUAUAUAUAUAUAUAUAUAAUAUAUAUCAAUUAAUUAAUACUUAAUGUACAUUUUUACAAUAUUGAAUUUAAAUAAAAACUAAAUUUAAAAAAAUGUUUUAGAAUCCAGACAUACUACAUCUGCCAUUUUGUCAUUAGCAUGUGACCUACCAGUGUCAGUUGAGUCACUUCACUGCCAUUCAUAAAUCCUCUCCCGUGGCCUCAUGGUAUAGUAAAGUGUCCAUCAUAUGCAUGCUUCAGAAUCUCUCCAGAAGUAGUAGGUCAUCCGGGUACUUUUUGCCUACUCUUUUAUCAAUACUCUGAAUUUGGACAUACUUUAUUUGUCACAUACUGUUUUUUGCCUGUGAAAUAGUAGGGAAGUAUGCAAUUUCAGAUGCAGACACAAAUGUGAUGUUUAUCUAGUCAUUUUUGCUUAUUUGUAUGGUUGAAUUGGAUCAUCGAAGGUCAGCAGCAAAGACAUUGGUUAAUAAAGUGAUUAAAUAAAGUA